AUGAAAAAUAUCACCACCUGCCAUUUGUUACAAACUCCAACUGCCAAUUACAAAACACCAACUGCUAAAUGCCACAAACAUCUCUGCUUUACCAUUAGGGAACCUACUUAUCGCAACUGCAAGAUGAACAAGAUUUGUGCUUCUACGUUUAUGGUACUGGUUGUAUCAUACUUGGUUUCUGCUGAAUCCAUCAAUUCGGAUUCUAUAGAGUUAAAUGCUGCAGAAUCUAGUGAAGAGAUUGAGAAUGAUUUCGAAGCUAAAUGGGGAGUGGAUAAUGAGAAUGUGAAAAACUGUGAUGACUGCAAAGAGUAUGGAUGGGAUACAACAUAUCUUAAUGCAGAAUAUCGUGAAGAAAAACAUAAGUUCUAUGCAGAAGAAUGCUUUAAAAAGUUUUGUUAGCAAGCCAAAGAUGAAUAAAUCUAUCAGUUAACUUACUAAUGUA